UAAGAACAAUAAAACUAUAUAGAUUUAUUGUGUGGAACUGAUGUGUGAAAAAAGUUUUUUAAAUAGGCAUUGUCUGAAAUAAAAUGUUAGAAAUGAGCAGUUUCAAACACAGCUUUAAUCUGUAAACUUGAACAUUAGUGUUGCGGCCUGAUAUCUAAAACUACAUUCUCUAAUGUUCACCUGACAUUUUUCAUGCAUUUGCUAUUGUUGCAGAAAUUGUGCCUUAUUUUUUGAAGUGCUUAUUUCCUGCCUGGUUUCAUCAUUUCCUGCUCAAGGGACAAAUAUCACAUGCAUGUAGUGAUUGCCUGAGAAACAAUGCAUGCAGCGCAAUGGAAUCACUGUCUGUGUAUCACGGGGCCAUCAGCCGAGAGACGUGCGAGAUGCGUCUGUAUGAAGCGGGUAAAGACGGCAGCUAUUUAAUUCGAGACAGUGAGAGUGUUCCCGGCGCAUACUGCCUCUGCGUUCUGUGUAAUGGUUUCGUCUACACAUACCGGCUCCAGAGAGACGCGGAGGGCUCCUGGGCGGCUGAGACAGCACCAGGUCACACUAAACGCUUGUUCCGAAAAGUCAAGAAUUUGAUCAGCGCCUUUGAGAAACCGGACCAGGGCAUCGCCAUUCCGCUCCGCUACCCCGUGACUGUCAAGAAGCCCUGCUAGAAUGACCAUCAGCUGUAAACCUACAUAACAAACUACAAGCAUGUGGACAGUCUCACUGUAUGAUCACACUUUUUUACACAUGUGGAUUACUGUACAUAUCAAAUGAUUUGUAUAUAAGGAAAAACUAAAACCUAAUUUUGUAAAGGUUUUUUUUUUUAUUUUUUUAAUGUGGGCAACUGAGAAAACCUCAUCUAAAUUGUUUUAAUACUGAGAUCAAUGAUAAACAAAUAUGAGUUUUAAUUCUAUUAUCAAACUAUUAACCCUGUCUUAAACAGGUGGUUAUUUAGGUGUAUUUUCACGACUAAACUGACCAAUAAAGGUCUGCAUUAUUUAAUUCUCAUCUCAUCAAGAUGGGAUUUUUAAAGCAUCAUUUUUAUUUGAAACUGAUUAGAUAAAUCAAUAAAUUCUGGUAAUACAUA